AUGGCCUGACAGUUCACACGGUUACCGGUGAAGGGCCAGUCAAGUUAAUUCACAUUGGAUAUCUCUUGAAGUUUGCUAAAAAGUGAAAUAUAGGGGACUCACAUAUUCGGGAGUGCAGGCUGGUUGACAUCCUCCUUCGCCAUGAAGCCUCCCGAAUACUUUGUAGUGCUUGCGAUAACCUUAUAUUAUAUAGGUUUUGCACUUGCAAAGACUGAAAUGAAGUUCCUGGUUGUGACGGAUGAAAAUCGACCAGAUGUCAAGUUAUCCGUUGACAAGGCCAUGGUGGACAUUAAUGGAGAUGAGUCGAUUCUUUUUUCCUUUACACUCACUGCAGAUUACGUGGAAAUUACUUCCUCUGACCUUUACACAGUCACAGAAAAAGUUUGUUCUACUGCCAACUUUAACUGGUCAGGGGUUGUGGACGCUACAGCUAAUGGGAAUUCAUGCAUUUUGGCCAAUCUGGCACAAUAUUUGGAUACACCCUUCAUAUCAAUUAGUGGCCGCCGUUGUUACACGACCGAUGCGCCAUCUAUCCGCCCUCCGGAUGACGUAUAUAUGCAAGUAGCGGCUGCGGUUGCACUCUCUCAGAAUGCAACCAGGGACAGCAUAAUCAUCAUGCAUGACGACUCUUUCGGAGGUAACGUCCUAUUACCAGCAGAAGAUUCAGCCCAAAGUCCGGACAUGUAUCUCUACAAGAUUCCAUCUAAGCCGGCCGACAUCUCAACGCUGCUGGAGAGGGUUAUGACAGAAACCACUGCAAACGAUUACAUUAUCAUGGCCAAUAAGGACACUGUGGACGAAAUCCUGUCAAAGGCUUCCGAUCUUUCGAUGAUGAGUUCGUUGUAUCGUUGGUUCAUAGUAUCACGAGACCUAGAGAGUUUGUCUUGUAGCAAGUGUUCUGCCGGGAACGUUGUCCAUAUCCACCAUUCAAUAACAGAUUAUUCGACUGUGGCGGCUAUCACUGGGCUGACAGGCGUACCAAACGACCAUCGAAAGCUUGAUGCUAUAUAUUCCUAUGAGGCGGUUAAAGUCAUGAGUCAAACCAUCAACAAAAUGAUCACGGCGGGCACGUGGACUACUGGAGAUCCAUCACUUAAAUGUUACCAGGCUACAAGUAUAGUCGAUCCUGUUCGUUUCAACAUCUACAGAGACGAACUCAAGAAGGGAAGCUUUGCGUCAGUCCUCGGAUUAGUCGACUUUAACUCUGGAACAAAUGGAUAUGUACAAUUUGACGUCGAAAAUGUCCAAGUGAAGUCUACCGGAAGCACAUCAAGUACGGCGGGGACAUGGGAUCCAGUUUCUAAACUGACGCUCUCGACACCUCUCUCAUUUCUUUAUCAAAACAAAGCAAAGUUGCGGGUCAUGACUACUGUGGAACCCCCAUUCGUGAUCAUGACAAAUCAUCCAAAUGAUACCACUAUCUAUAGCGGCUACAGUAUCGAUGUCCUCAAAAACAUUGCAUCCAGAAUGAACUUUGACUUCGACAUCUCCGCACCCCCUGAUGGAUUUUAUGGUGCCCUCCAACCGGAUGGAACCUGGAAUGGAAUGAUUGGGGAACUGAUUGCAGGGCGAGCUGACAUGAUUGUGGCCCCGCUCACGAUGACGGCCGAGAGGGAAGAGUUUGUUGACUUUACCAUCCCUUACUAUGACUUUGCUGGCCUUCAGAUCCUAAUGAAGAAACCUCCGACCCUGACGUUCCUAUUCAAGUUCAUGACUGUCUUCUACUACGACGUGUGGCUCUGUAUUGGAGGAGUCCUCACGGCAAUGUGCAUACUGGUGUUCUUAUUUGACAAGUUCAGUCCCUAUAGCUACCAGAACCGAAAGCCUGGUGACUCUGGGGUCAUGGGCAGAAAAUUUACCAUAAAAGAAAGCAUGUGGUUUGCUGUCGGGUCGUACACCCUUGCAGGCGAAGGUUUUGCUCCACGAGCCACGUCAGGGAGACUUCUAGUGGCGGGCUUCUGGUUCUUUUGUACAAUCAUGAUGUCCAUGUACACUGCCAAUCUGGCUGCCUUCAACACUGUUUCUAGGUUGACAGUAUCAGUGUCGUCGAUGGACGAAUUGGCUGCCCAGACCGCAAUCAAGUAUUCCACUCUUGAAGAAUCGUCGAUGCAAACAUAUUUCAAGCGAAUGAAAGCCAUCGAAAGCAACUUUUAUGAACUCUGGAAGGACAUGACUCUUAAACAGAGUGCCUCAGCCUCAGAACUUGCCAAGUAUGCAGUGUGGGAAUAUCCCUUAGGGGAACACUACACGGACAUAUGGAAAGCUAUGUCAUCAUAUAAAUUCGUCAAGAGCUCGAAUGAGGGAAUGGCACGUGUGUUCCACAGCACCACCGAUGAGAUGUACGCCUAUAUCCAUGAGUCACCAAUGGUGAAGUAUGAGGUGUACAGGAGCUGUGAUCUUACUGCGGUUGGCGACGUCUUCAGCUCUAAACCGUAUGGGAUCGCCCUGCAGCAGAAUUCGCCAUUAACCAAACAGGUCAAUGACAUAAUUCUUGUACUAGAGCGAGAUCGAAUCUUGGAAAGGCUGAAGGUUGAGUGGUGGGACAAUGGACGAGUCCAGUGCCCGUCUGAGGACACGAGUACGGGUGUAACCAUGGACACACUUGGUGGUGUCUUCAUCUUCAUGGCUAUCGGGAUUGGUCUCGCCCUUUUGAUACUCGCCAUUGAAAUCCUAUGGGAUAGGCAUGCGAAGUCAAAGAAAAAUACGAAUUCGUCACACAAGGCUCCAGCGAACAGCGUGGUGAACACUAUCAAACUAUGACCAGUACUGCGUUUAUUGGGUUGCUGAGAGAAACAAAAAGGAAGGUGACUAACGUAGAGCCGUUCAUGGAUGAUUCAGACAUAAACAGGUUGAUCAUGAUUAUUCAUAAGCUUUAUCUUGGUCCACCUGAGAAGGAAGAAGAAGCGAAACCUGGCGUCACUAGUGAAGAUCCUGUAUAGAUAAACUCCGCGUACCAGUUAUUCUUGGCUUGUUGCACAGACUGUUAUGUCCCCCAGGCUUUGACUUGGUGGCAAAUCAUGCAAAGACUUUCUGUUAAUGUGCACAAAGUUCUAUGCAAGUGUCGGUCAAACCGUCUUUGCAGCAAUUAUUUUCCAAGGAAGUGAUUUGAUUGACCGAAAAAUUUCAAGCACAUUCACAAACAGGUGGUGAAAUUCAAUACACCUGAUUCAGAUGUCUCGGUUUCUAAUCGUUACUGUUUCCUAUGCAGAAUUUCUAAGAAGACAAUUGCCUGUCAUGUAAUGCAUGUGAGCGAGGUUUCGCAAAUUACACGGAUUACGAAUCCCAAAUCGUUGUUUAUCCGAGGAAUUCACAACACUAUCGUUGUGUUUUAAACUAAUCAACAUUUGUUACUCAUAGACGGGCACUUUGAAAAGCAUUUUUGUCAAAUCGACUGGCAGAGUCAUUACGAAUUCGUUUAUAUUUUGCAGUGUGUGGCUUUCAACAAGCACAGAUCACUGGGGAUAUAAUCAUUCAUACACAUGUAUCCAUUUUCAAUUUUCCAUUUUCUUCGGAAGUGCAUACGACAAAAACUAACUGAAACUUGGUGUGCAAAUCAUGCAAAGAAUCGAGUCGAUGCGAACAAAAUUUGGAGUCGAUACCCACAGUCAAGUUCAUGAUUAAUCUCACUGUACUUUUGGGCGUCUGGUCAAAAACCACUGGCCCGAUUUCUUUAAGAGUUGUUUCCACCAGAAUCGAUGCGACCGACGGUGCGAUAUUCGCGACGGUUUUUUCGAUUUACAGUUCCCACCGAAUACGGAUCAUCUCGCGAGAAAUCGCAACCUGCGUCCCCCACAACAUGCUUCAGAGCUACUACCAAGGCAACGAGGAGGGGCCUUCUCAAAGUGCAUUUGGGUUUGGUUUCGUUUGAUUAUAUAAAUCGUGCAGAUAAUCGCACUAAAAUUAGUUUGAAAGUGAUUUCCACCGAUAAUCGGAGCGGCUGACGCAAUUUUAGCGAAUCGCACUAAACUGGUGGGAACUGUUAUUGAGUAUUCCAUGAAAGUGAUCAUCUGCAACCGCCACAACGACAAACGGAUCGCAAGUGGCUGCGAUAAUCGCGAUCAUUUGAAACAUCACUUUAAAGUUUGUUUUUUCUUAAAUCAAGUUGGCGACAGCGUCGGCGCCGGUACUAUGUGUACGAUAGGAAAACUUUACAACCUGUGUAUGAUAUGAUAACUUUGUAACAUUCU